AGCAGAGCGCGGGCCGCAACCUUGGCGAGGCGAGUCCAGGGCCACCGUCCUCGCCCAGCGCGGGUCAAGCCCGAGGGGCGGGCAGGCGGGGCGGGGCGGCCCCAGGCGCCUUAAGAGGCGGUGCCGUCGUGGGGACGCAGUGCCUGCGCAGGGGACUCGAGCCAUGGAGGCUGCCUGGGACUACGCUGGAGCUCUCAUCAGGCCCCUGACAUUUAUGGGAUCACAGACCAAGAAGGUCCUCCUGACUCCCCUCACACAUUCAGCUCGCCCCUUCCGGGUUUCCAGUCAUGACCGGAGCAGCCGGCGGGGUGUGACAGCAAACAGUCUGAAAGACCUCCUCAGCAAGACUCUGGAGGCUCUGGUUAUCACCACUGGGCUAGUCACUUUGGUGCUGGAGGAAGACGGCACUGUGGUAGACACAGAAGAGUUCUUCCAGACCUUAGGAGACAACACACACUUCAUGAUAUUGGAAAAAGGACAGAAGUGGACACCGGUAAGCAAACAUACUGGUUUUUGCUUUUUGUUUUAUUUAUUUAUUUAUUUAUUUUACAAAUAUUGACUAAAUAGACUUCUU